AUGGAGAGGUCUAGCAGAAGUGCUGCGGGUAGUUCCUUUGAUGGUACGGGUGGUCCUGGAACGUCAACUUCUUGGGAGCAACAUUAUGGUGAUGGGGAUAUCGAUCUCGAUCUGUCAAGCUUGGUCCCGAGCUACACGCGCACGGAUAAGGCCUUGGCGCUCUUCAGACUGGGAGUCGGGUGCUGCUUCAUCGUGCUCGGAACCUGCGCAUUAGCUCGCUUCUACCGGUUGAAGCAGAUAUUGGAUAUUCGCACGAGGUCUGCGUAUCUGGUCAUGGUCGGGGGCGUGGCCGGUAUCCUGACGAUGCUCGUCACCGUGAACGAUGCCACCACCGUCAUCUGGGACACCGGGUUCGACUGGUUCUGGACAUCUCUGUUCCUCUUCUUCAUCUCGCCCGCGCUGUUCGGGAGGUACAUCUGCCGCGCGCUCCGCCUGGCCGUGGUUUUUCACCCGAGGGUGAAGCGUGCCCUGCCGUGGCUCAUCCCGGAGCGCAACUACAUGGUGGUGCUGCUGGUCGCCAGCGUGGGAAUGUUGGCAAUCCCCAUCUAUCACGAGCACACCUUGGGGGUUUGGGACGCAAUUUCGAAGCAGACCACUAUCCUGAAGAUUGAGGCCCGUGUGCUGGCGGUGGCGCUGGCUUGCAUUUACCCGUUCAUCAGGAACGUUGACGAUCUCUUCAGCAUCAGCACGGAGCUCAUCAUUGUCACUGCGACCAUCGGGCUCAUCACAAUCGUGCAGGAGAUCGACGGCCUGUGGGGGGGGUGCUACGAGCGGAGAUGGUUGGCAAACAACCUUUCGGUCUUGUUCAUGAUUGUUCUCUUCGGCGUCAGCAUCGUUGCCCCGCUGCGACGCCUAGCGUCGGAUCCUUUCGCAGCAACCAGGCGCAACUACGCCAAUCGGGUACUGCCUGACCACACGGAACCCCACAGCAUCGGAGGCAACAGACUUGAUGCUGUCCGGAGGGGGCAAUCGGAGAGAGGCGACGACCGCGGCCGCGAUGGCGGCCGUCGAAGUCGCUCGCAUAAGCAGGACAUAGACUUGUGGGACUUCGAGCGGAUUGUGAGGACACCCCUGCUGGCCGUCGCGUUCGAGGACUAUUCCAAGAGGGCGCUUUGCCACGAGUCAUUCCUCUUUCUGAGCGAGGUUUCUCGGUAUCAGAACGGCGACUAUGCCACAACGAUUAGAGCAUCUUCGGGGUCAUCAUUUCCGACUCAGUUCGGUACGUUCUGCUACAUCACGGACACCUUCAUCAAGGCCGGCUCACCCGAGGAAGUAAACAUUAGCGACAAGGAAAGAAAGCUUAUCCUCGCGUUGUACCACAAGGGCGAAGAGCUCUUCGAGGACGUCAACGACGCGGAGAGAAGGAUGAUUUUCAGACGAGCGUAUCUGGCGGUGAAGCGUAUGCUGGAAGCCAAUCUCCUCCUCCGCUUUCUGAACACGGACCGCUUCAAGAGCUUGGAGAUGCAGAAGGAGAACACCCAGGUUAUGGUGGACUCCCCGCCCCAGGCGCGAGUAGUAGUUUCUUAG